AUGGAAUCAUUCUCUCUUCUGAAGCGUCGUACCACCGACCUUCUACACAAUGUUCAGCAGAACCUCCCUGCGAUGCCUUCCGUUCCUUCCGUCCCCUCUACGACUUCUCCGAAAAAGGACUCUAUCAAAGGAACAUGGGAGCGCAUUGAUGCUCCCGACGUCCCUCGCUCUUCUCACUCUCUUAACAUCGUCCACGGCACCGCUUACAUCUUUGGCGGCGAGGUCAAACCCCGAAACCCCGUCGACAACGACAUGCACGUCGUGACCCUCCCCUGGUCCAGCGCAGGUGCCGAUUAUUUCAAGAUCAAGCCAGUUCCAGCCAAACCAGAUGAACAGCCGAAGAAGGUGGAGACGCAGCUGCCCUCUCAGACAAAGGGUAAAGAACCAGCUGAGCCAGUCGCAAAGCCCGAAGAGGACGUUGAGGACGUUGAAAAGAAGCUGGAUGAGGUCUCUCUUGAAGAGGACUCCGAUUCUUCCGGUGAAGAUGAAGACGAAGAAGAUGAGGAGACGGAGAGCAAAUCGAAGGGCAAGGAACCCGCUGGUCCCGAGCGACCGGAAUUGGGCAACGUCCCAGCUCCACGAGUCGGCCACGCUACAGCCGUCAUUGGUUCCCGUAUCUUCUUAUUUGGUGGUCGAGGAGGUCCUGAUAUGAAACCACUUGACGAGGCUGGCCGUGUUUGGAUCUUUGAUACCCGCUCCAAUACGUGGACAUUCCUUGACCCUGCACCUGCUAUUCCAGGUGGAAACAUUGUACCUCAACCUGGCCCACGAAGCUAUCACACAGCGACCUCUAUCGACCGGCCCCGGGAUUUCGCCCCAACACGACCUAAGGAAGCUGCGACUUGGGGUCAAUGGGCCCUAGGCGAUACCUCAAAGACGGGUAUUCCUCAGGCUCCCAUUGUUGGCAACGUAGCUGAAGAUGCCAGAGACGAAGAGUCAGACGGUUACGGCACCUUCUUCAUCCAUGCAGGAUGCCUUGCCAACGGUGAGCGGACCAACGAUAUUUGGGCUUUCAACGUUCGCGAGCGUACUUGGUUUGAGCUUCCUGCUGCUCCGGGACCUACUCGGGGUGGCAGUGCCAUUUGUGUAAGCAAGACUCGUCUGUUCCGCUUUGGCGGUUUCGAUGGCCAGAAUGAACUUGGAGGACAGCUCGACUUCCUCCACCUCGAAGUUGAGACUUUUGACGAUCAGGGCACCAAGGGUGAGGUCGCGGUUCGUGCCCGUGGUGGUUGGCAGACCAUCCACGAGAGCGACCCUAAUACCGAUUCCACCGAGAUUCACGCUGAGCCAGCUCAGGUCUGGCCUGAGCCACGAAGCGUAGCAUCUCUGGAAACUGUUACCUCGGGUGCCGGGUACGAAUAUCUCGUUCUGACCAUGGGCGAGCGUGACCCAAGCUCAGAGGGUCAUGAAGGUGCAGGCAAGUUCCUGGGUGAUGUUUGGGUGUACCAGGUGCCUCCACUGGGUAUGACCGCUGCCAGCGUUACUGCUGCUAUGUGGCAAGCUGUCGGUCGUAAGACAGGCGAGGGCAAGUGGACCAAGCUUGAUCUUACGCCCUACGACGACGAUAACAGUGAUGAGAUGCCUGAGCCAAGAGGCUGGCUUGCCAGUGCACCUAUGGGCGAGCUUGAGGAGAGCGGCGUUCUGAUCUGGGGUGGUCUUGGUGAGGACAACCAGAGACUCGGAGAUGGUUGGAUUUUGCGAGUAGGCGACGCCUAA